UUCUUGCCUGUUCUUCGAGUUUUCUUGGAGGUCGAUUUGAGUUCAGAAUGCCUUUCGCCAAAUGUCGAAGCGAAGCGGCUUGCUCUCAUCAACCGCCUCAUCGACUUAACGCCCAAUGUUACGGCACUUCAAUACCAAAAGCCCUCAUCCCGGUCUCCUACAUCAGCUUUGGUUACUUUGGCAUCUUCCAUACCACCUUCCCCCCCGCCCGUCUUUUGUCAAUUGGAUCAUGAUCGUCUUGUGACAUCUGAAGCAUCGAAUAGAUCACUCCUCGGUUCUGCAGGGUGA